UUCGUGCCUCACGCAACGAGCGAUAAUCGUCGCUCACAUUUGACGCAGUGCAUUGUAGUCGGGAAUUCGAGAUACUGCAAACGGAACGCAAUCGCAGGCGAGACCGACACAGAGCAGAGAGACCAAGAGUCGACCGGUGCGUUACGCGAAAACGCUUUUUUCUCUUGAGCGUGGCUCAACGAGCGAAGCGGCAAAGAAGAGGUGGUAGCGCGCCACGCUGCGAACGGCAACGGUGACCGGACGCGGUCACCUGGCGCUGUGCGAGAGAAGUUGACGAAAUCACUGACAUUGGGAACGGCCAUUUUGGCGUGUUGUUUCCCCCCCAAUCGUAGUGGUCCGAAGCAUACACGGCAUCGACGUCCAUCUGUUUCGAGAAAAUAUAAAUAUACUAAUUGAUAUAUAAUUCAAAUAAACAUCAUUUCCAAAAUGAUGACUGAAACACAUAUAAACUCUAAUCACAUGUUAAAUUCUGGUUUGUCUACCAAAUCAGAAAUAGAUAAAAUGGAUGAUGUGGGUUGGAAAGCCAAAUUAAAGAUUCCACCAAAGGAUAAAAGAAUUAAAACAAGUGAUGUUACUGACACACGUGGUAACGAGUUUGAAGAAUUUUGCCUAAAACGUGAAUUAUUGAUGGGAAUUUUUGAGAAGGGAUGGGAGAAACCAUCGCCGAUUCAAGAAGCUAGUAUACCCAUUGCACUUUCUGGUAAGGACAUCUUGGCACGAGCAAAAAAUGGAACUGGCAAAACUGGUGCAUACUCUAUUCCAGUGCUAGAACAGGUUGACCCUAGGAAAGAUGUAAUUCAAGCAUUGGUGAUUGUACCUACGAGAGAAUUAGCAUUACAAACAUCACAGAUUUGUAUUGAACUUGCAAAGCAUAUGGAUAUAAAGGUUAUGGUCACUACUGGAGGAACCAACUUGCGCGAUGAUAUCAUGAGGAUUUAUCAAAAAGUACAAGUGAUAAUUGCAACGCCAGGAAGGAUCCUUGACCUAAUGGAUAAAAAUGUGGCCAACAUGGAACAUUGUAAAAUUCUAGUUUUGGACGAAGCAGACAAACUGCUGUCGCAAGACUUUAAAGGAAUGUUGGAUCAUGUCAUAUCGAGAUUACCACACGAACGUCAGAUUUUGCUGUAUUCAGCUACAUUUCCUCUAACUGUGAAACAAUUUAUGGAGAAACACUUGAGAGAUCCAUAUGAGAUUAAUUUAAUGGAAGAAUUGACUCUAAAAGGCGUAACACAGUAUUACGCUUUUGUACAGGAACGACAAAAAGUUCACUGCCUUAACACGCUAUUUUCCAAGUUGCAAAUAACGCAAAGCAUAAUCUUCUGCAAUUCAACGCAACGCGUCGAAUUACUGGCUAAAAAAAUAACGGAUCUUGGAUAUUGCUGUUAUUACAUACACGCGAAAAUGGCGCAAGCGCACCGAAAUCGCGUAUUCCAUGAUUUCCGUGCAGGAUUAUGCCGAAAUCUCGUGAGCAGUGAUCUAUUUACUCGCGGUAUUGAUGUUCAAGCUGUGAAUGUCGUAAUCAAUUUUGACUUUCCGAAGAUGGCAGAGACAUAUCUGCAUCGAAUCGGCCGAUCUGGAAGAUUCGGCCAUUUAGGUAUAGCAAUUAACCUAAUCACAUACGAGGAUCGCUUCAACUUACAUCGUAUCGAACAAGAGCUUGGAACAGAAAUUAAACCAAUUCCGAAGGUGAUAGACCCCAGUUUGUAUGUAGCGAGACCAGAAGACAAUAACAGUAUGGAAGAAGGUAAUGUGUCUAAGUAGUUUCGAUACACUGUCGCAACAUGAAGCCUCACAUGCGCUCAGAGUUUAAAUUGUGAAAAUAGUGAUCGUGACUUGUUCAUAUAAGGCAUACAUUGUUGUGCUUUGAACUCACUGGGGAGAGUGAAGACAGUUGAACCUGAGGAGGGUUUAAAUAUGUAAACAGAUAUGUGAAUAGAGAAAAAAAGAGAACAUAUGUAAACAAUAUGUAAACAGAUAUGUGAAUAACGUAAUUAAUCAAUCAUUGCAUUUUAUCAUAACUGUAAAUACUACAUGCGGGUACACACACACAAAACAUCGUUUUAAUAGAGGAUUUUUAUACAACGGCUUCAUUCUUCCAGUAUUUCUUUUUUUUUCUGUUGUUUAACGGUUAAGAAAGGUGGCAUAUAUGAUUUAGAAAAAAAAAGAACUAUCGGCCCCAAUUUCUUACACAUUGAAUGCAGCAUACCGAUCUAUGCGCUCAUUACUUUUGUACUGUCAUGCAUAAAUAUAAAUUGUUCUUAAACACCAAUAACAUUACGUGUAUACAUGUAAAUUGCUCUUUAGCAAUGAAAUAAGAUUUGGAUAUUGAAACAUUUCAUUCAACCGUUGUAAUGUUUUGAUCAUGGCUUGAUUUUGCUAUCUGUGAAUAUUGUCAUACAACUCUGAAAUUCAAAUCACUUAUCAAUGCUAAAUCUCUUUUUUCUGUUCGAUUUAAUCGCUAGUAGAAUUUCUGUUUUCUUUUUCUUUUGAACAUGAUUGGAUUUUCCUUUUACAGUACCGUGAUUGAGAAUCAGAGGUUGUACAAUUGACUAGUUUUAUAUAAUUAUUUUUUAUAAAUAACUGGCUGGUGGGCUCCCUCAAAUGGAGGUUCUAUGGUAUGCUGCUGAUAAAAUAGCAUAUGUCUAAUCAUGCAGUAGCAAUCAAUCAAGGUUGAUUUGAGAUCUAAUGAAAAUUUUAAGAACAUUGUCGAAAUCAAAUGGCGAAAGAUGAGAAGUAGCAGGUAAAUGGUUGUAGGUGAAUCGAAAUGUAGAAAAGUGACGUUACACCAUACGUGCAACGAAAGGAUAAUGCAUUUUUUAUUCCCUACUGUCGAGUACCCUACUUCAUGAAAGAUGGAACAACUGCCAUUAUUGUUUGAUAACAUUAACAUAGAAUCUCCAGAAAUCGCGGUUUAUCUCGAGUGAAACAUGCCGCGAAAUGUGUAAGGAUAUGAGAAAUUUGUUGUUUGGAGUGCAUGACUACAAUUGAAAUUCGUAAUUCGGAGAAAGUAGGCCACCAGCCAAUAUGACUUAGGUUUACGGAGCGAAAUUUGUACAGAUUAAUAGGCGAUACCAAAAUAUUUCGUAUAUGAGGCGAAAAACGUCUUUGAAUGGAAUAUUAACGGUGAUAAAAGGCGGUUUAAAAUGUGUUUAGGGCUGCAGAGUGUCAGUUGUAACUGUGAGCUUAUCACAGAGACUGUGUAGAAUAGAUGUACAGUGAUGAAGUAACUACUGACACAAAAACGCGUCGAAAGAAAACCAAGAUUGCAUACCGGCGGACAUUAAAUAGAUGUGUGUAGAAUAUAGAUUCGGGUUGAUGGUUGUUCAUUAUAAUCUGUAAAAGUACAAUUUAUUCCAAUUUGAAAAUUAGCAUUAAAUUACGGGCACCAUCAUAUGACUAAGUAGCAGCUCAUAAUUGUGUGCGUGUAAUUAUUGUGGAGGAACGAUGUGUGUAUAUAUAUAUACACACACACACAUACACCGGUUUAUAUAUAUAUAUACACACAUAUACAUCGGUAUAUAUACAUAUAUACACACAUAUAUUCCCUUUACAAGGAACAGAUCACGAGAGGAAAACGAUUGAAUUUUCUUAAUAUCGAUCUCGUUCCGACAUUGUAAUUUACGUAACUGUAAUUUUACAUUUCUAUUUCUCUGCUUCUUCUUAACCUACGAUUCGACGAUAUUUUUCUCGACUAACUGUACGAUCUUAGCUACGGCUGUUACACGGGCGGAUAAAGAUCUAGAUCGAGUGAGAGCAAGAAGAGCGGCGUUGCGCACAAUGCGAAAACUUUGUCACCGAUAUGAUAUCUGACAAAGAAAGACAACGAAUCCUGACGCAAUUGCUUCUGAUUUAUCAGGAAUCAAGUCGCCUUCUGCUUGAACGAGAUAACACGAGCAAGUAACUACCCGCCGCAUGAUGAUGGUGCCACUGACCACAUGUAAAAUAAACAGUCUUGAACAAUCAGCGACCCGGAAAACCAACAAUUACAUCUACGAUUUAAUAAUUCGUUAGGUACAAUAACGUCUCCUUUGUGUCGCCGUUCUAACAGGAAUACUGUAAUAUAAUAUCGUAGCGCUAAAUGCAUUAGUAACCGUUUUUUCGCCAGCCAAAACCGAUUUGGUACGUACAGCGUCGAGAAUUGCGAACAUUUCUGUAAUAUAUAAAGCAGUCUAAAGGAGACUUAUUCUUAAGGGAUUUACUUUCCCAAUUUGGGAAGUGUGCGGCUCAACAGUUAUGUUGAAUUAGAAAAUCACGAGGAUCAAGUGUAAACGCAAGCGUGCAUCAUGACGGUUACAGAAACAGACUGCGCGAAAUCUCAUGAUGCACGAGUGUCGGGAGUGAAAUCACUAUUAGCGAUAAGAGACACACACACAGUGCGAGAGUACAUACAGGGAGAAUACAUACACACAUUACAUUUCUAAAACGAAAGUCGUUUAUACAAAUUGGCAGCGAUUUAUCAAAAGUUAUACGACGUUAUAUCCUUACUGUAUGUGUUGCUGUGCAAUUCGAUUUUUUCGUCUGCUGAUACAUUUAUCUCAAGUGCGAAUCUUAGCGAUCGAAUAAAUAUGUCGCCCACUGCAUAUUCAUUUGAACGAUAAGAAUCGCAUACGAUUACGUCAUAGUAUAAUAUUACGCGGUCCCUUUUAUUUUACUAUCUACUUAAUGUAAAAAAGGUACAAUGGGUUUCACGGAAUUGUUUCGCCGACACGAUCAGCGAAACUGAUCUGUCGUCCUAUUUGCAAACCAUGAAAAAUCUACUCUUACUCUGUUAGUUCUUCCUAUUAUUUUGCUCGAGACAAUUCUUUGAAAACGAUUCUUUUGGCAACCUUAUUAUGCAUAGACUAAGCAGCGUAGCAACACUUGGUCUUACUACGCUGUAAUUGAAAACAUCGAUAGAUCCAUUAUGGAAUCUAUUUUGCGAAAUGUAUUUUACUUAGCUUUCGAAAGAGCCAAGCCUAAUGCCGAUAAGCAAGCAUUAGCUCGCUUUUCGUUCGAAAUCUUGUAGAAAUUCCACCGAUUGUUUUGAUUCUCGCAAAAGAUGUUUUCCCAUACGAGAAAGCCGUUUAAACGUAUGAAAUGCGCGACAUUCGUAUUUGUAUAUUUUAAAGAAUCACCAAUGUGAAGUAUCGAGUUAUUUGUUAAUUUUCAAAAGCUAAAAAAUGUCGCGUGCUUGGCUCUUUCUAAAGGAUGAUCUUUGCGCGAGGUGGUUAUAUAAACGUAGAUAAAAGUGGGCUUAAAUAAUACAAAAAGAAAAAAAAGAACAUUGAUUAGCAAUGUUGUGUGAGCGGAGUGUGAAGAACGCGGUAGUUUUAUAAUCUUUACUUCUUGCAGCCGUACGCGUAUUGCCGUACAUAUUGCCGUUUUUAUAUUUCAAAUUGCAUUGCAAAUGAAUAUCCUUUACCAAGAGAUACUGGGGAAUGAGUUUAACGUAUGUGUGUCCGUGAUGUGUAAAUUUUGCAGCUGCAAAAAGUAAUUUUUCCUACUUUGGCGUCCCUCCGACCGCGUCUUCACACGUCUGGCCCACGUGGUAAUCUCCAAGCGCGGUUCCUACGACCGAGCUUGGAUGACAAGGAGUGCCCUUGAUAUGAAAGUAAGCGAGUGUUAUUCUUACAACGUAGGAAUGCGAUUUCGGCAGUGUAAUGUGUUAACAUCCGGGUGCGUGCCAGAAUUUGCGAACUUGCCGCCCUACGAACAUCCUGAAAAGGGAGGCACUCGCGAAUUUUAUUUAUCAAUAUCUACGAUUUGAAUCGUAUAAGCGUGAAGGGAAACACUUUGAGAGACGAGCUCUGUAAAGCGCUCGUUAAUCUCGUACCUUCGCGCGAAUACACCCAUUGGUCGAUCCAAUGCGGCGAGCUGCGUGCAAGCACAUUCCCAACUUAACCGAGCGAGAAUCGAUCACAUCGAAAGUUUAACAUCUAGAGACAAACGAUCUUUCCGGUUUCGAGUAACAUACGCAGCUCGGUCAAUGAUAUUGGAAUUAGAUCUCCAAUAUACGUGAAACAUAUUAAAAAAGAAAAAAAAAACGAAAAAAAAAAGAAUAAAGUAUAAUUCGUUCGAGACACGCGAAACAAUAUCAGUUUUAUCGACUGUCCGUGCUUUACCGUUUUGUUAAAGAACAUAGUACUCAUUAUUAUUCACUUAUUUAUCGGAUUACAGAACAAAGCAUCGCUCAAACGGCACGUCUGAAACGUUCUACGAUACGAUACUUUUGUUGCUCCUCUUUCUCUCUAUUAUUAAUAUUAUAGCUAUUAUUAACGUGAUAUGAACGAAAAAUUUUCGACACAAUAAUAGACAUCGAUUUAUUUUGUGACGUUGAAAUCUCCGAGUUUCGGUUGUUCGUAAAUACAAGCGGCAUAACACAACGAGAAACCUCGCGUCUUACAGUCCGGAAGAACUGAUUUCUUGUGUCCGUAUUUUAUAACUGAAAUCACUCAGACGAGAUGCAACUCUAAUUAAGUAAAAGAAAAAAAAAAAAAAAAAAAAAAAAAA